AGAGAAAGCAAAGGACAGAGAGAUUUGAAAGAGAAGAUUUUCUGAAUAGGGUGAGAGCAAAAUGAUGAGAAGGGUCCUAAGAAAAACUUUUUCGGGUGUUGGGCUGAGAAGAAACUUUUCCCGUGGUGCUGCUGCUGCAGAAUUAGAGAAUAACAAUGCGGUCGUACCGAAAAUGCCUCCGUUUGAUUACACCCCUCCUCCUUACAGUGGGCCUUCGGGUGACGAGAUCUUGAAGAAGCGGUCUGAGUUCCUCAGCCCCUCGCUUUUCCAUUUCUACAAAAAGCCUUUGAAUAUUACCGAUGGGAAGAUGCAAUACUUAUUCGAUGAAGAAGGACGCCGCUACCUUGAUGCUUUUGCAGGGAUUGCAACAGUUUGUUGUGGGCAUUGUCAUCCUGAAGUCAUUGAUGCCAUCAUCAAUCAAACAAAGCGCUUGCAACAUUCAACAGUUGUAUAUCUAAAUCACACCAUCGCAGAUUUUGCUGAGGCAUUAGCUUCCAAGAUGCCUGGUGAUCUCAAGGUUGUUUUCUUUACGAAUUCGGGUACAGAAGCAAAUGAGUUGGCUAUGAUGAUUGCUAGGCUUUAUACUGGGUGCAAUGAUAUUAUAUCGCUUAGAAAUUCAUACCAUGGAAAUGCAGCUGGAACAAUGGGGGCAACUGCUCAGUCCAAUUGGAAAUUUAACAUCAUACAGGCAGGAGUACACCAUGCACAAAACCCAGAUCCAUAUAGAGGUAUUUUUGGUUCUGAUGGUGAAAAAUAUGCUAAGGAUGUACAGGAAAUUAUCGACUAUGGAACUUCUGGACAAGUUGCAGGUUUCAUUUCUGAAGCCAUACAGGGGGUUGGUGGUGUAGUUGAAUUAGCAGCGGGCUAUCUGCCUGCUGCAUAUAAGAGUAUCAAAAAAGCUGGAGGUCUCUGUAUAGCCGAUGAAGUUCAGUCAGGAUUUGCACGAAUAGGGAGCCAUUUCUGGGGGUUUGAGAGCCAAGAUGUGAUGCCUGACAUUGUUACAAUGGCAAAGGGUAUUGGAAAUGGAAUACCUCUGGGUGCAGUGAUUACCACUCCAGAGAUAGCAGAGGUCUUGACACGUCGAAGCUACUUCAAUACAUUUGGGGGUAAUCCUGUGUGUACUGCUGGAGGGCUCGCUGUUCUUAAAGUCAUCGAAAAAGAGAGGCUUCAAGAAAAUGCAUGUGUUGUAGGGUCUUAUUUGAAAGAUCGUCUCAAGGCACUCCAGAAGAAGCAUGAGAUAAUUGGAGAUGUGAGGGGAAGAGGCCUGAUGCUUGGAGUUGAAUUGGUAUCAGACCAUCAACUGAAAACUCCGGCAAAAGCUGAAGUCUCACAUGUCAUGGACCAAAUGAAAGAAAUGGGUGUGCUAGUUGGUAAGGGUGGAUUCUAUGGGAAUGUAUUCAGAAUAACACCCCCUCUCUGCUUCACCAAGGAAGAUUCUGACUUCUUCGUUGAUGUCAUGGAUCUUGCAUUAUCAAAGCUGUGAAGGCUCCAUCUCUGGCCCUGUUGCUUUCGGUGCUGAAUCAUGAGAUUCAAACAUAUAACGAUUUUGUACAUGAUCACAAUUUGUGGGACAUGCAACUUACCAGAAAAGUCCAUCUUUGUAUAUUCGCUCGCUUAUAUGUUAUAUGAGUGAAAAAAAAUGCUGUUUCACGUAGGUGAACACUGAUCUUUGUUAUAAGUAAAAAGAUGUUGUGGGUUCCUUCCA